UCAUGUGCGAUACAAGCAGUCCUGCAGCAUGUGGGAUAUCAUUUGCGAUGCAAGCAGUCCUGCAGAGUUUUUACUUGUGUGUGAUAUCAUGACCGAUACAAGCAGUCCUGCAGAGUGUUUGCUUGUGUGUGAUAUGAACGAUACAAGCAGAGUGUUUACUUGUGUGUGAUAUCACGUGCGAUACAAGUAGAGUGUUUACUUGUGUGUAAUAUCAUGUGCGAUACAAGCAGAGUGUUUACUUGCGUGUGAUAUCAUGAGCGAUACAAGCAGUCCUGCAGCACGUUUACUUGUGUGUGAUAUCAUGUGCGAUACAAUCAACCCUGCAGCGUGUUUACCUGUGUUUGAUAUCGUGUGCGAUACAAGCAACCCUGCAGCGUGUUUACUUGUUUGUGAUAUCAUGUGCGAUACAAGCAGUCCUGCAGCAUGUGGGAUAUCAUUUGUGAUGCAAGCAGUCCUGCAGAGUUUUUACUUGUGUGUGAUAUCAAGACCGAUACAAGCAGUGCUGCAGAGUUUUACUUGUGUGUGAUAUGAACGAUACAAGCAGAGUGUUUACUUGUGUGUGAUAUCACAAGCGAUACAAGCAGAGUGUUUAAUUGUGUGUAAUAUCAUGUGCGAUACAAGCAGAGUGUUUACUUGCGUGUGAUAUCAUGUGCGAUACAUGCAGUCCUGCAGCACGUUUAAUUGUGUGUGAUAUCAUGUGCAAUACAAGCAACCCUGCAGCGUGUUUACUUGUUUGUGAUAUCAUGUGCGAUACAAGCAGUCCUGCAGAGCUUUUACUUGUGUGUGAUAUCAUGUGUGGUACAAGCAGUCCUGCAGCGUGUAUACCAGUGUGUGAUAUCAUGUGCGAUACAAGCAAUCCUGCAGCGUGUUUACUUGUGUGUGAUAUCAUGUGCGAUACAAGCAGUCCUGCAGCGCUUUUACUUGUGUGUGAUGCCAUGUGUGCUACAAGCAGUCCUGCAGCGUGUUUACUUGUGUGUGAUAUCAUGUGCAAUACAAGCAACCCUGCAGCUUGUUUACUUGUGUGUGAUAUCAUGAGCGAUACAAGCAAAGUGUUUACUUGUGGGUAAAAUAAUGUGCGAUACAAGCAGAGUGUUUACUUGUGUGUGAUAUAAUGUGCGAUACAAGCAGAGUGUUUACUUGUGUGUAAUAUCAUGUGGGAUACAAGCAGAGUGUUGACUUGUGUGUGAUAUCAUGUGCGAUACAAGCAGAGUGCCUACAAAGAUGACAGACAGUUAACAUCUAAAUGUCCUCCAAUAAACACACAAUUUCUUAUAUUUUACGAUACAAAAGGUAAACAUCCUAGGCUAUACUCGAAGCCAGCAGCUACACAGCAACUAAGCACACAAUAGCACACAAACUAGACACAGGUAAUAAUCAUUGAGCAAUAAAAGGUGACAUUUGUCAAUACAAAUAAAUAAUUAUAGUUACAUAUUACUUACACAUACACAGUCUUCAAGGCAGAUUAGAAAGUAUCCAGUAACAAACGUGUCCGCAUCAUUCAACAUGCUGCAUCAUGAGCUUAACUUCAUGAAUUAUUGUGACCACUAGGUGUCACCAAAACAAUUUUACCACUCCACUUCAACUUAAAGACAGCAUAAGUCCAUUCCAGAGGUUAAUAAUACAUAUGUUUUUCAUAACUAACAUUGUAAAUCAUGAAUAUGCAAAAUAAAAUAACAUAUAAAAUAAACAGUCAUUAUUUCAUCAAAUGCACAUUUUUGAUGAAUAACAUUAUUCAGAAAUAAUAAUAAUAAAAUAACUUAAAAGUCUUUCAUUAUCCCUGAACCUUCUGCUGCUUGUCACCAUGUUACUUAGUUACUUAGUUACUUAGUUACUUUGUGACUUUUGUGACUUUUGUGACUUCUGUGGGCGGAGAAGAAAGAAGAACUUUCCUUGUGCUGUUGGCCGCAGAAGAGAAAUGUGAGAAUUAUACCAGAAAUAAUCAUUAAUCAGCACUUUUCUUCUGCGGUUGCCGUGGUGACGGCGCACACAAGGAGCCGAGCAGGGCCAAGAAGAAAGAAGGUCUUCAGGACCAGACCCUCCUCCAAGAAGAAGAAGAAGACGUGAGAAAGGAGAGGAAGGUCAAAGAAGGUCAAAGAAGGUCAAAUAUGGUUUUCAAGGUGAGACCAGCAGGCAGGUCCAGACAGAACCCCCCCAACCCCCCCAUCCCCAUCCCCCCAGUCCAGACCGCCCCACAUUGGACUGGACCAGAGCCGGCACGGUGCAAAACACGCAGGAACACGACAAGCGCAGUUGUGCAGGCGCAACUUUCCCGGGAAUCAGCAGCAGGACGUAGAGGAACAUCUCCCGAUGACUGACCCUCCGAACACUUCUUCAUCUUCAUCAUCCUCCUCAUCUUCAUCAUCGGUGGCGCGGCCUCGCUCCGUCCUGCCGCCAGCGGACCGGGAGCAGCGGCGCUAGAGACGAGAGGUCAGAUCGCGGGCGAGCCUCAGAGAGACGGCGUCACGUGACCCCUGAUGCCAAAUGCUCUGCAGGCGGCGGUUCUCAGCCAGGACCCGAGACGACAGACAUGCAGAAGAGCACGUACUACGACAACGCCGCCACGCUCUUCGCGGGCUACCCGUCCUACCAGGCGCAGGGGGGGGCGGCCAACGGCUUCGGGGGCUACGAGGCGCAGGGGUCGCACCGUCCGCCCGCCUUCCAGCCCGCCGCCCAUCUGGAGGUGGACGCCUUCCACGGCUCCGCCUGCUCCCUGCAGUCGCUGGCUGCUAGUGGCGGGCGGCAGCAGCGGGUAGUUGACGGCGAGGAGCUGGGCGGCAGCUGCAUGAGACCCCGCCGCACGCCCGCCUCCCCCACGCUCAGCGACGGCAGUACCGCCAAUCAGCAGCCGGGGGGCAGCAUCGGCGCCUCCUCCGCCCCUACGGUGGGCCCCGACAAGUCCUCCGCGUCCUCCGCUUCCUCCUCAACGUCCUCCUCCUCCUCCUCCUCGUCCUCCUCGUCCUCCUCGCUGCCCUCCAAGCACAUCUUCCCCUGGAUGAAAGAGUCCCGACAAGCCACCAAGCAGAAAAACUGCUCAGCCGCCAACACCUCGGCCAACGCGUCGGGCGGUGGCGAGAGCGGCAGCGGCGGGGAGAAGAGUCCCACCGGCGCCUCUUCGGUGUCGUCCAAGCGGGCGCGUACGGCGUACACCAGCGGACAACUGGUGGAACUGGAGAAGGAGUUCCAUUUCAACCGCUACCUUUGCCGUCCUCGGCGAGUGGAGAUGGCAAACCUGCUCAACCUGUCCGAGCGCCAGAUCAAGAUCUGGUUCCAAAACAGACGCAUGAAGUACAAAAAGGACCAGAAAUCCAAGGGAUUAAGUUCCAGCUCAGGAGGACCUUCCCCGACCGGCUCGCCGCCUCUGCCCAUGCAAUCCUCUGCCGGCUUCCUUAACUCCAUGCACCCCUUGGUAGGAGGAGGUGGCUCCGGCUUUGAUGCUCCAUCUCCCCCAUCCUUUGGUAAACCUCACCAAGGAGUGUCUUACUCCAUGUCGACUGCCUACUCCAACCUCCCCAUGAAGGGCUGCCCUCCCCAACAGAAGUACAGUCACCAGGAUCAAGACUACGGCGAGCCCCAUCCUCACCAUAACAUGGUGCAGGCCAACAAUGCCAGCUUUGGGACCGCCCCCAACAUGCAGGCAAGUCCGGUGUACGUAGGGGGUGGCAGCUACGUGGAACCCAUGCCCGGCUCGGGGCCGUCUAUGUAUGGCUUGAACCACCUGGGCCCCACGCCUACACAUCACCAGACCAUGGACUACAAUGGCGUGGGGCCCAUGUCAGCUGCUAACCAGCAUCAUGUGAGUGGAGGGGUCCCUCAGGGUGCCUGUGACCCGCCCACGCACCCCACAUACCAGGAGCUGUCAGCGCACCACACCUCGACUCAGGGCAGAAUUCAAGAGGCACCCAAGCUCACUCACCUGUAGUUGGAUGGGAGGAGCAGGAAGACGGAUCACACGAAACAAGUAAUGUGACUCGUUAACAGACUUACUAACACAGGGGCGGGGCUUACCUGGGGGUAGAGGUUUGACGUGAAGGAAAGGAAGAAGACACGGUGAAGCGAUUCAGUGGUUUGUUCCUGACCCUUUUUCUUGCGCUUACCUGGUUUUAAGUUGCAGAGAAGCUAGAGUCCGACCAGGGACUUGUUGACGGGGGGGGGAAACUGAACCCUGAGAGGUCAAUGACGAGACAACAAAAGAUCAGAAUCCAAGGUGUGUGUUAGGGUGUAACGUCGGUACAUACCUGGGUGUAACAUCGGUACAUACCUGGGUGUAACGUCAGUACAUACCUGGGUGUAACCAGACACGUCGGUACAUACCUGGGUGUAACGUUGGUACAUACCUGCGUGUAACGUCGGUACAUACCUGGGUGUAACCAGACACGUCGGUACAUACCUGGGUGUAACAUCGGUACAUACCUGGGUGUAACCAGACACGUCGGUACAUACCUGGGUGUAACGUCGGUACAUACCUGGGUGUAACAUCGGUACAUACCUGGGUGUAACCAGACACAUCGGUACAUACCUGGGUGUAACCAGACACGUCGGUACAUACCUGGGUGUAACGUCGGUACAUACCUGGGUGUAACAUCGGCACAUACCUGGGUGUAACCAGACACAUCGGUACAUACCUGGGUGUAACAUCGGUACAUACCUGGGUGUAACCAGACACGUCGGUACAUACCUGGGUGUAACAUCAGUACAUACCUGGGUGUAACGUUGGUACAUACCUGGGUGCAACCAGACACGUCGGUACACACAUGGGUGUAACAGACACGUCGGUACAUACCUGGGUGUCAACUCUUAGGCUUCUUUCGACUAGAGAAAGGAAACAAAAAGCAAAACUGAUUGGCUUUUUACCAAAAAGGAUUCGGUUUUUUUAGGAAAAUACAACAAUUUUGAAAAAUUGUUUUAUAUUUAGUUUGAGUGCAGUAGUGAUAGUUUAGUCGUUGCCCAUCUCUACUGAUGUGAUCUGAUUUGUUUACGUAUUUUAUCGCAAAGGCCAAGUGUUCCCAAACAGGAACAUCAAGAAGGUUUUCAAGCUCUAGCUUCUCCUUGGCACGAUUGCUAGCCAUGACUCCUGCUCGCCAAACACUCUUCUUGUUUACCGAGUAGUUGCCGAAAACACUUCCUGUGAGGGGAAUGUUCACACCUCUGUACCCAACUAACUGAAUGUACAUGUACCG